AUGUUUGGCCGCAAGACUGGAUCCAAAGACACAACGAGUCUAUUGUCUCGUGUCAUCACAAACUGGCCGUUGAGGAGAAGACUCGGUUUCUAUGCAUUCCUCCCACUCUUCUUCUGCUGCGGGGCUCUCGUCGAGUAUCUUAUGAUUCAUUUGGACAUCAAUUCAGUCAACUUCUAUAGCGUGUACUCCAAGAGAUUGGCUCAACAGUCACUUCAGCGACAACUGGACAUCGAAGGAGUAGUGGUGAUGACGAAAGACGUGUCCAAUAGCUAUGUGUACGACACGAGUGCGUCGACGGCACAGAUCACCAAUUGGUCCAACUGUCAGAUGAGUGGCGGCAACAGUCGUCGUCCCAAACCUGUCUUCUUCUGGAACAACGCCGAUGUGAUGAAGUGGUUGAAGCGUCACUGCGAACAAUACUACGGACUCUAUGGCAACGCAUUCCUCGAGAACGAGAUCACCGGCCGAUCGCUGGUCCGCAUCACUGACGCCACACUCCAGCGGUUGGGCAUUACUGACCCCCAGCACAGGGACGACAUCUCCAGAAUUAUACUCAAACUCAAACUCAAGAGCGAUAUCAUUGAGAUCAAGGACUUGGAGAAGAAGAGCGAAUUGGGAAUCGCGUCGUCGAUCACCACUGGAAUCAGUUAA